AUGUCUGAGGCUUCCACCAUCCACGUUUCCAAUAUCUCCCACGCCACCACCGAGAAGGAGGUGCGCGAUUUCUUCAGUUUCUGUGGAAAGAUCACCAGUCUCUCCGUCACUCCCACUUCGUCUGAGCCCGAGGCGUCCAAGUCGGCUACCGUGACCUUUGAGAAAGAAGCAGCCGCAAAGACUGCCCUUCUUUUGGAUCAAACUCAAUUGGGUUCGACUGCCGUGCACGUCGAGGCGGCCAAGAGCAUCGGAACUUUGGCCCAGGAAUCCGCGGGGGCGACCGACGCCGAGUCCAAGGAGGAGCACCACAUUCCUCAGGAGGAGAAGCCUCGAUCUCGUAUCUUUGCCGAGUACCUCGCUCAUGGAUACGUGGUGAGCGACAAGGCGCUGGAGAAGGCGAUUGCGCUGGACCAACAACAUGGCGUUUCCACCAAGUUCCAGAGCUACCUGACCAACUUGGACCAGAAGCUUGGAGCCACUACCCGCGCGCGGGACUUGGACAACAACUACAAGAUUUCGGACAAGGCUGUCAGCAGCUUUGGUGGCCUGGCCUCCUACUUUGAGAAGGCCAUUGGCACUCCUUCCGGUCAGAAGCUCCGUGACUUUUACCAGAAGACAGAGAAGCAGGUGCUCGAUAUCCACGCCGAGGCCCGCCACCUGGCCAACCUCAAGCAGGGCAAGUCGGGAGAGACCAAGACUGGUGAGGCGCAGGGUGUCUCCGCCACUGCCGGUGAGGCCGCUGGCGUUGCCCUUGGAACUGUGCCCGCCUCCGAGCCCGCUGGCACCGUUGCCCCUGCCGAGCCUAAGGCUUAG